AUGACUCUUGGUGGGUUUCCUGAUGGCCAAGCAGGGGGAUGUGUGGGGUGGGGGGUGACUUCCUUGUGCUCUCCUUGGUCUCCUGACCCGCCUUUCUGGUCCCCAGAGCUCCCAAAGAUCCGGAUGCCUCGUCACCUGCGGGAGACUUACGUCAGGCGUGUCGGGGACGCCGUGAACAUCAUGAUCCCUUUCCAGGGAAAGCCCCAGCCCGAGGUGACCUGGACCAAGGGGGACCAGCCCCUGGACAGCUCCCGCGUCAACAUCCGCACCACGGCGCGGGACACCAUCUUCUACAUCCGGCAGGCCCAGCGCGCUGACUCGGGGCAGUACCAGCUGUGCGUGAGGAUCAACGGCGCCGAGGACAGGGCCAUCCUGGACAUCCAGGUGGUUGAGCCACCUGGGCCCCCCCAGAACCUGAAGCUGGUGGAUGUGUGGGGCUUUAACGUGGCCCUGGAGUGGACCCCCCCUGCGGACAACGGGAACGCCGAGAUCAAGGGCUACAGGGUGCAGAAGUCAGACAAGAAGAGCGGGAAGUGGUUCACGGUGCUGGAGCGCUGCACCCGCACCAGCUGCACCAUCUCCGACCUCAUCAUCGGCAACACCUACUCCUUCCGCGUCUUCUCCGAGAACUCCUGCGGGCUCAGCGACAGCGCCGCCGUGGCCGCCGGGGUGGCCCACAUCGAGAAGACAAAAACCACUUACCAGCCAGAGAAGAUCCCCCAGAGGGACAUGAUGGAGCCUCCAAAGUUCACCCAGCCCCUGACAGACCGAACCACCACCCGGGGCUACAGCACUCACCUCUUCUGCUCCGUCAGGGGUUUCCCCCAGCCCAAAAUCAUCUGGUUGAAAAACCAGAUGGAGAUCCGGGAAGACCCCAAGUACAUCGCGAUGAUCGAGCAGGGCGUGUGCUCCCUGGAGAUCCGCAAGCCCAGCCCUUUCGACGGCGGCGUUUACACCUGCAAGGCCGUGAACGCCCUCGGGGAGGCCUCGGUGGACUGCAGGCUGGAUGUGAAAGUGCCCAAGUGAGGAUGGAUCGGAGGGCGAGGCAAAGAGCAAGGUGGAUGCUGCAGCUGCU